GCCAUCACCGGCCUCAAGCUCAGGAGCCUCUUCAAGGAGUUCGACACUCGACACUGCGGGCUGGUCUAUGGCGUCGAUAUGGUCAGCGCCUUUGCGCAUGUCUGGCGACGGUACGGCAUUCCCGAAGAGGUCGCAAGGGAUCCGCUACUGAACCCUGAUAUGGAAGGACCUGCACAUGACGAGGUUCUGCGCGAGCAGCAGAGAUGGCUGCGUGAGACCCGCCGACCGGCCUCUCCACGCAGCGCGCGAUCGAGGCAGAGAUCUUCCUCACCGCAGGCUGAACCCACGGAGCUUCGCACCCCGAGGAGUGAUAUCCUGAAUCAGAAAGCAAGCGUCUCGCCAAGAAUCCGCGACGAGUGGGAUCGUGGAUAUCGAACAGUGGGCAUUCCGGCGUCCCCGCGCAGUCCACGGAACUUGGCGUUGCCCGGCGUCACCUCGAGGUCACGCCCCGAGGUGGUUCCUCCGCUACAGCUUCCUCGAGGUGCUGCCUCGAGGUCUCCAGUGCAGACCUCCAGGUCUGCCAACACGGCAGGGGUGAUGGCCGACAGCAACCGCAUCGCAUCGAAGCAGUGGAAGAUCGGCCCGUGCCGUCCACUGCUGGUUCCCUGCCUGAAGCUCCACGUUCCACUGCCGGCAUGCGGGGGAUAUGCCUACCUCACGUCACCGAAGGAACAAGUCGAUCCCUCGCAUGUGGUUCUGGGUCGGGCGCUUGGUCGCCACGGGGCAUUGCAUCUCCUUAUCGUAUCAGUGAGGAGCGGUGGCAACUUGUUCAUACAGUUCCGGCAGGGCAUCACCAGAGUGCGGGAGCCGGCAAGACCAGUGGUAUGGGUCGCUCAGCCCUUCAGCAACUGCUUUCGCCCUUGCACGUCAUCCCCAGAUCUGAAGCCUUCGCAAUUUCGGACACGGGGCUGCUUCACCAUCGAUGGCGAAGAAGUCUCUGAGGAGUUGUGCGCAGGGCUGCCAAGGCCUGCUCUCACAAGGCACUGCGGCUGCGGUGUGCUGGGCUGUGACGAGGAUGUCUGCAAAGACUUGCACCCGGAUCUAGAGGAUACAACCGACAAUGAGGACGACGAGCACUUUGAGUGCUUGGGCUGCUUCCCCGUAGCCGAAGAGGAAUAUCAGCCGCAGUUUCAGGAGAGCAAGGAGGUCUCGCUUUUGGACGAGACGUGCAUCGACCACGACGCGCAAAGUGGCCCCUGCCGUGGUGGGAUGCCCUUCUUCCGGCUGCGCAGCAAUGCAAUGACGCCUGUCAUGUGCUUCGAGUUCUGUAUGGGGGAGGGCCUGGACCUCUUUGCUCUGGUUCAAGGCGUGGAGUGUCGCUGCGGCGCAACGGCCCUGAACCUGGUGUGGCAGGGGAAGAAGCCUCGGCCGGGACUUCAGCUCCCACCGACAAGGCAAAGCAGCUGCUUGGAGGAAGGCGAGUGCCCAAUGCGCGUGUAUCGCUGGAAAGGCCCUUUCGUGUCGGGUGGCUCGGUGCCGAACCAUCUGCUGAAAAUCUCAGAGGGUGAUCAGACCCACGUUAUCUCCGUGGUGCUUGGCGAGCGCAUCGGACAUGAGGAUGGUGCCAAGGCGGAGACGGGAGACUCUCUCACCCAGACGGCCACGGACUCGGAGCGCAUCGAGCCGAACUGGCUCAGGAACUGUCCCGAGUGCAACGCUGGCAGACACUGGUGGGAGCGAUCGAAUGUGACGCCGGAUGGCAUGAUCGAUCAGUGGGUGGAUGUCGUCGUCGUCAGGUACAACUGGGCUGACAACUGCGUGAAUGAUGAGAUCCGAAAGGAGGCCUUCCGUGCUGCAGCAGAGGUCUGGCGCACUGAGACCUGCAUUGCCUUGAUCGAGGAUCACACGCGUGUCCAGGGCCAGCAACACAUCAGGGUGAACUCAAGGUCAUCUGGUUGCUCGGCCACAGUUGGUCGCGCGAAGCCCAGCGAAGUGUACCUGGGAUGGUGCAACAGCAUGGGGCAAAGGGGCAACAUCGUUCACGAGAUUGGCCACACUCUCGGCAUGCAUCACACGCAGCAGCGAACGGAUGGGAGUCAACAAUAUCAUGGCUAUGGUCCCCAUUUGAAGGUCUACUGGGAGAACGUGGCCAGCAACUGGGCAGCGCAGUACGUCCCAAAAGGUGGCCCCUACACCGGCUCGGCUUACGACGGUCCGGAUGAUGUCUGGGUGGGCCAUGCGCCCUACGACUUCGAGAGCAUCAUGCAUUAUCCUCGCCAAACUGGCCCGACUGGUCCUUACUACGACACCAUUCCUGCGAGCAACAACAACCUGGUGGGGCAGAGAGGGCGUCUAUCAGAAGGUGAUAUCUUGCAGAUGACGGACAUGUACAACUGCGUGCGUAAGUCGGUGCCCAUUGUCGUGACAACCCCCACGGAGGACUUCCCGGGACCAUCGACCGUUCGCCUAACGGACGUGACCAAGACUGGGUUCAAGGCUGUCGUUGCUGUGCCUUCUGGCACUACGGUCAGCAGUGGCACGAUGGGUGUCUCCUUCCUGGCGGUGGCUCCUGGGCUUCGCCAACUGCCAGGUGCCAGCGGGCUGUGGUUGGAGGCAGGGACGAUCUCGAUGAAGAAGGUCCAGCAAGGGAAGAAAUGCCGAGACAACAGCAUGUCAAGAUCAUGGUCCAAAGUGGACUUCUCACAUUCCUUUGCCGAACCGCCGGCUUUCCUGUCCACCGUUCAGACAACCAACAACGAGAUCGGCCUUCCAAGUGGGACUUCGCAACCGUGGUUCACAGUCGCAACCAACUCUGUUCACAAUGCGGAUGCUUGGGUUUCUCUGGAGCUCUCCGAAACCGGCCAGGUUUCUGUGCCCCUCGUCAAAACCGAUGAGGUCAUCGGCUGGGUGGCAAUGCAAAAAGGCACGGACACUUUCCAAGAUGCACAAGGAGCUUCGGUAACGUGCGCUGCUGCUGUUUCGGACAGAUCCAUCACCCACAAGACGAAAUCCCUGUCUUUCGGAGCUGACUUAGGGCCCGCGCCACUGGUGGUUGCGAGUCAGUCGACUAGGUGGGGCGGCGAUGGUAGCUGGGCCAAGAUCGUCGGAACCACAUCGGCAUCAGUCCAACUCAAGGUACAAGAAGACCAAACCUGCAACGAUGAGACAGGCCACACGAGAGAGGUCAUUUCCGUUGCUGCAUUUUCCAGCAUCUGCACUUUGUGA